UUCCAUGUUUUUUAAGGCUAGAAGAGUCUUCAGUUCGAAAGUGAAACUAACUUUUAAUUUAGAUGCAAGUCAGUCUACCGAACUCAAGUGUGACAGUCAGUCUACCAAACAAAACUCGGCUUGCGUAUUGUCGAUACAGUCAGAAACGAAAUAUUAAUUUAAGAUUAGGGCCUUAUUCCGCAGUGAACGGUAAUUUACAAGCGAUACAAUUUGGCGACAUAGCUGGUAUCUUCUCAGGAUGCGCUCUUUCAUUGUGUAUGUAUUGGUCUUAAGCGUCGACUUUGUGGCAUUCUGUGUUUUAGAUGAUAGGUUAUCUCGGUGGUCUGAUCAAGGGAACGCGACGGCUUGUUUGUGCUGGCAAUGGGUAGCGACAGGAAUAAGAUGGGUGCUGUUGAGCGGAGUGGUUUAUUGGGCUAACACUGGCUCCAGCGUUGUGCUAAAGCGUUGGCUUACAACUCACUGUUUGCUUGGUUCUCUAUUCAAGACUGGGCAAUUCGUAUUGCUUGGCAAUUAUCCGCUGGGAACAGCAUGGCGUUGGUUAUCAAAUGUUCUUGCUGCUGCAUCUGCUACUUUGUUUUGGGAGUUCUCGUGUCCUGACAAAACUGAUGGAAGUAACGGAAAACAGAAAACGCAAAAGGCACGCGUGCUCUUUCAGCGAGUCAUUCUUCUUUACAGACCAGACUACCUGCUACUGAUGGGGGCGUUCAUCUUCCUCACACUAGCUGUUCUGUGUGAGAUGUUCAUUCCUUUUUACACUGGCAGAGUGAUUGACAUCCUACAGUCGCAGUACCAGUGGAAUGAGUUUGUGACUGCAAUUCUGUUCAUGGGCCUCUUCUCCUUAGGAAGCUCCAUCAGUGCGGGAUGCCGAGGGGGGCUCUUCAUGUGUGCCAUUAAUAGUUUCACCUUCAGAGUGAAAAUCAUGCUGUUCAGAGCCCUCAUGAAUCAGGAAAUUGGUUUCUAUGAAACUACAAAGACAGGUGAUCUCACGUCUAGGUUGUCAACAGACACCAAUCUGAUGGCACGGGCGGUGGCCCUGAAUGUCAAUGUCAUAUUACGGAGGUUCAUCAAGACCUUGGGCAUGCUCUCCUUGAUGCUAAGCCUUUCCUGGAAGCUCACGUUGCUGAUGCUGAUGGAAACACCAAUAACUGGCUUGCUUCAGAACAUAUACAACACAUUCUACCAGAAACUGUCUAAAGAUGUGCAAGAUUCUAUUGCACGAGCCAAUGAUGCUGCAGAAGAGGCCGUGUCAGGCAUCCGCACUGUUCGAGGGUUCAACACAGAGAGGAGUGAAUCACGCCGCUAUAACGAUCGCCUGAUGGACACUCACAACCUGAAGAAUCGAAGGGAUACCGUCAGGGCAGUGUACCUGCUUGUGCGAAGGAUUACAGAAGUUGGCAUGAAGGUGGCCAUGCUCCUCUAUGGCAGGCUAAUCAUUCAGUCUGGUCAGAUGAGCACAGGGAAUCUGGUGUCCUUCAUCCUGUACCAGUCUGACCUGGCAGACAGCAUUAGAUCUUUAAUCUACAGCUUCGGUGACAUGCUGAACUCUGUGGGCGCUGCUGGUAAGGUCUUUGAGUACCUGGACAGGAAGCCUGAGGUGAGCACUGAAGGAAACCUUCAGCCUGAUUCUCUGGAGGGACGUGUCCAGUUCCAGAACCUCACCUUCUCCUACCCCACCCGCCGUGAUCAGAAGGUGCUGACGGACUUCUCUCUGGAGCUGAAACCUGGACAAAUGACCGCGUUGGUGGGGCCUUCAGGUGGGGGCAAGACCACCUGUGUGAGUCUGCUGGAAAGAUUCUACCAGGCCCAGGAGGGAGAGAUCCUCCUGGAUGGACAGCCACUGCAGACUUAUCAGCACAAAUAUCUGCACAGAAAGGUUGCCAUGGUGGGUCAGGAACCUGUGCUCUUCUCAGGUUCUGUGAAAGACAACAUCACCUAUGGGCUGGGGAAAUGCGAUCUGCAGCGAGUGCAGGACGCUGCCCGCAAAGCAAAUGCCCAUGGCUUCAUCUCCCAGCUGGAGAAAGGCUAUGACACAGAUGUGGGAGAGAGAGGAGGUCUGCUGUCUGGCGGCCAGAAGCAGCGCAUUGCCAUCGCCAGGGCUCUGAUCAGAGAGCCACAGGUCCUUAUCCUGGAUGAGGUGACCAGCUGUCUGGACACGGAGAGCGAACAAGCGGUCCAACAAGCCCUUGCCUCCUGCCCCAAUCAGACCCUGCUGGUGGUUGCUCAUAGGCUGAAGACCAUUGAGAGGGCGGAUCAGAUCGUAGUGAUUGACAACGGGGCAGUAAUUGAGAAGGGCACUCACAAAGAACUAAUGGAAAAACAGGGCAGCUACUACAGGCUAAAAGAAAGGCUCUUCACUGACAGUUAACAAAUCACAAACUGUACAACAAAUCUUGCACCUUUGAUUCAAACUGUAUUUAAGUUUGUAGAAAAUAGCUCAAUAUGUGUUUGUUUUCUUUUUAAGCAUCUGUUCUAGUUGCCUUGUCAUUAUAAACAACCACAAGAGUCAUAGGUAAUGCAGUAUUUUUAUAUCAUUAGCAAAAGGCCUUCAUUGUUCUAAAUCGGUGCCUAUGUUUAGUCAAACAAGCCGAUUAUUUUUUCUUUUAUUAAAAUGUUUGCUAUUUUGUAUGUAAUGUACCUUCUGUGGUAACAAUAAACAAUCAAAUGAUUUUCAUCCA